CAGGCUCUGGUGCAGGAUCUGGAGGGAGAUCUCCUCGCGCUUGACCUGGAUCGGCGACGACAUCUCAGGGCCGUCUGGGAUAUAGACGUCGAUGAGGUCCUGGGAGUCGAAUGCGUGGAUCUGGCCUUGGCAGGCAGCCACGAUGGAUGGGGGGAGGACGGGAAGGGACAAGAGGUCGAAACUGAGGUCCCUAGGGCAGCAGAGGCCGGCUUAUAUACAUGGGGAGAUAAGGGUAGGCUGUGCGCGUUGGUCUGUGCGCAGCUGGUCCAUGCGCAACAUGCCGACGUGGCCCCGGGGGCCGGUGAGUCAGAGCAGCUGUGUCAGCGGAGCCCGAGCUGUGCCGUGCGCUGCCGCCCCAUCUAA